ACUAGCUCAACAGUCAUCGGCACAAAGUUCAGUGAACAAGUGGUGCAAGAAACAGCAACAAGAGGAGAGAGUGUGUGUUAUCAGAGAGGUUUAGUGGCAUUAGGAGCAGCGCUUCAGGAUCCCAACGACGGCUAUAAGGAUUAUACUCAAACAGGGUCGAUGAGCUCUCAGAUGGAUUAUGCGAUGAAGUCCCUCAGCCUUCUGACUCCGUCUGCCCUCUCCAAGUGUGUGACAGCCAGCGUCUCAGCCAGCGCUUCCAUGACCCAGCAGCUGCUGUCGGGUCGAGCUCCUCGACCAAGGCCCUUCAGGGUUACAAAUGCUGACCGCAGCGUGAAGAAGGGAAUCAUGGCAGACUCUCUAGAUGACCUAAUGAACAAGGUCAGCGACUCGUUGAGCAUACCAUGUGUCAGCGCCCUGGUGCUGGAUGAAGACGGCACAGGGGUGGACACAGAGGAGUUCUUCCAGACGCUGCCUGUAAACGCUGUCCUCAUGGUCCUGGAGAAGGGCCACAAGUGGACUCCACAUGCGAACAGCCCCUCCAGAGAUCAGCUCACUGCCUGCAGGCCACAGCACCGGAAAGACGUGGCCAAGCUGACUUUUGACCUCUACAAAAACAACCCCAAGGAUUUCAUUGGCUGCCUGAACGUGAAGGCGACCUUUUACGGCGCUUAUACUGUGUCCUAUGACCUGCGCUGUUACGCUGCCAAAAAGAUGCUGAAGGAGGCUCUGCGAUGGACCAUCUUCUCCAUGCAGGCCACAGGCCACAUCCUGCUGGGCUCCUCCUGCUACAUCGAGCAGCUGCUGGAGGAGGAGGAGCGAGCAGAGAAGAGUCUGACGCUGCCACAGGAAGGCAGGAUCAGGCAGCUGCAGAGCAUGCUGCUGGGAAAGACAUCCCACUGAUGACGGACUAAAGCUGACGAUGGUGGAACGAACACAUUGUCCACUCUUAGAUUUAGAGCACAGUGUAGAUUGUCGCAGAUGAAACUGGUGAUCUCCUCAUGUUCAUGUCACAGUUUCCUGUGUUGUUUGCAGACACUGCGAUAGUCUCACAGUCACUUUCUUGCUCUGUUACAUUUUUCUGUCCCAUAUGUAUGUAUGUAUGUAGAAGCUGAUGCCACAAGUUAUUCCUCAGAAAGCACUUUUACUCACUACUGUAACUUUUUCCUGUGGAAGUGAAUAAAUAAAACUAACCCUUUUUUUA